GCAAGAUUGAACGGAUAGAACGUGUAUCGACAGAAACGAUGUAUUCGUCGUCGGCGAUUAUUAAUUGUCUUGUGCUUUGGAAGGAUCGCAAAAAAGUGGUGCAGAUCAGCGGCAAGCAUGGAACAGAUGAUUUGAUGGCCGCUUUGAGAGGCACGGACUUUGAGGACGCAACAGAGAGUGGACGCAUUGAAGUAUAUAAUGCUCGCUUUGACACAUUUGUGGACUCGUCCAAGGACCAUAUAUAUUGCGAUGGUGACAAAAUCAAGCUCGUUGCUCAUGAGGGGAAUGUCUCACCACCCAGUAGCGCACCAGAAGCAAACAGCUUUAUAAUAACACCAGGUGACGACCCAUCCAAUGCUCAACAGUCUGCUUCCAGAAUGCAAUUUAGGCUGCCACCUGUCCCAUUUGACAUUAAGGUUGACAUUAGCAAUACUAAAUUUGGAGAAGUCCCAUUUCGUGUGAAAUCCCGAAUCGUUGCUUGGAUCACAACGCAUCUACGAACAAUACACUUGUACCCAGGGAAGCUGUACGUAUCCGCGGCUAAAGCUUUGGUUCACGAAUACCCCGUCCUCAGAGACGCUAUUGGCACAGGCUAUGACUCAUGGAAAGUGGCUUUCCAAUACAAAAUGGGAAAUGUACGAAAAACAUUGGAUACAGUACCUGCGGUGCAAGAAGCAAGGGAAAAGUUUGGCCACAAAAGAAGCCUGCAGGGAGAAGCUCACAUGAAAAGACAGUGUCGCCUAAUUCCAGAUGCUGCGGGUAUGAACGGGGAAGACCAGGAAUCUGUGGCAGCGCACAUAGCCUUCAUGAAGACAGAAAUGAAACGACGUGUGCCAGAUGUUGCAAAGCUUUCAGACUCCAUGAGCAAGACUCGGUCUGCUCGCAGGAACUGGAUCCAUGAGAGCAGCCCGACAACGGCGGAAGUGCUCGAAAGAUAUCCAGCUUUGACAAAUGGUGAAAUGCUUCACGAGGAGUUCCAAGCAAUAACGAGCAUCGAUUUGGACGUCAAGUUGCUAAGCUUCCUGAACAAGUAUGGAGAGAGAUGUCUCUACUUGAGCAAAUCUCUGCGUUCUGCAAAGGAGACUGUGCGGAAGUUGGAGGACGACCUCUCAAAGCUUCAGGGAGACUCGAAGAAAUACCGCUUUGCCCUUGGGAUUAUUGAACUUCUACCAUUGUUCGUGAAAGAGCAGCCACAUUUUCUGAACGGACCAGACAUCUAUCCAUCACUGGUGGUGAAUGAAGAGGACAACACCAUGUAUGCAAUUUUCGAGGACUUGAAAGUGGAAGUGUUCGAUACGAUUGGAGGGGUCACUCACCUAAUCGAAGUAUAUUGGAUAUUUAAUAUCAAAUAUUCGCAAAAGAACAAGAACUUUUUUUCGCUUCUUGAGCAUUUCUGUGACUUAAAGUGGUCUAGACCACCGGCGCCUCUUGUCCUGCGGGCAAUUUCUUCAAUUGAGCAAGGCCCAUGAAUUUGUAAUUCAACUGAGAAGAUCAAAUAAAAAUUUUCCUUUUUCA